AGAUGAUAAGAGAGAGAGAGAGAGAGAGAGAGAGACUCAGUGUGAAAAGUAGUGUCGGUAAGAGGAACCGCUGAGGCAGUUGGGAUGUUGAGAGUCUAGGGGAAAAGUUAUAAGCAGCCGCGCCAUCGUUAGGACGAAAGAUAUUGCGUCUGCAGUAGGUGAAUAACCUCAGAUUAAACAGAUAUAAUGUGUCUUCGACUUUGCUGCGAUCCUUACAAGCUUACAUAUAUUGCUGCUAUUUACACAGCCGUUGAGGCAGUGCUUUUUGGGACUAUAAAUUUUUUACUAAUACUGGUAGCCACAUGCAUCAUCAAACCAACAGAUCGCCAAUUACAUGCUGGUCUUGACCAAUUCUACAGCUGGUACUAUUACUCUGUUAAUGGCUCCUGCACUGAUCGAUAUGGACAAAACUUUACUGUCCCCGACUGGGUUAAAGAUGACUACCCAUUACCAAUUAGACCAAAAGAGACGCUGCCAGACACUAAUUUGGCAUACCAAAUUUCAUACUUAGUCUUGCAUGCAUUUUGGUUCAUCUCUGCAUUCAUUCUUAUGUACGGUAAUGCUCGGAAACGUUGGGGAUAUUACCUUCCCUGGCUACUUAUAAGUAUAACAUUUACUUUUAUGGACAUUGCUAUUGGGGCAUUUUUCAUUAUAGAUAUGUUGGAUGUACUCAAAGAGGACAGCAGUGAAGAUGCUUUAAAAGAAAUUGGACCAAUGAUCUGGAGUUUCAGUUUGUACCUCAGGGGUUACGUAUUCUGGUUUGGAAAUCUUGGACAUCUUGCCACUGUCCUCAAUGCUUUCUGUAAAACUUACCACAAGAGGAGCAAAGAAAAAAGAAAAAGAAAGAAGUUACAGAGGAAACAAGAAAGGGAACUGGCUAAAGCUCGAAUGGCAGCAGCUGCAGAAGCUCAAGCAUCUUAUAAUGAAGUUCCAAUGCAAACUAUGCCAACACCCAAUGAUUACCAGUCAUCUUCAGUACCUUCUCUUCAACAUGAUGAGGCAGAGGAGAGCCCAGGUGCUCAAAAUUAUGGAUAUGAAGAACCUUACAAUGCUGACCCUCCUGAUUAUGUCAAAUCUACCCCUCUUCCACCAAAAGUUCCUAAGGAAGUGAGACCAUUCUCAUACCUUAACCCUGGUUUUAGACCCAACAACCCACAUGAUGUCACUGGAAUGAAAGCAAACCCUUCUCCAAACUUACCAGAAGUUAGCAGCAACCCAAAAGGACAAAGCUACUUCUCUGCUGUGCCUCCUGCUGAUUAUGAUGAUGAAAACGAUGACCAAUAUUCUCCAGCACAGCUGCCUCGACUGAAAUUAGGAGCCAAAUUUAGCAGUGACUCUUCUAAUACUUCAAGAAAUCCCCAGCCACCACCUAACAGGGAACAGAAUACUGAACACUACUUCUAGAAUAAGUCAAUAUAC